ACAGACCCCAGAAGCAGCACCAUGAAGACUGCAGUCUGUAUUUUCCUUGUUGCUUUGUUGCAGCUGUCCAGCUCUGUGAUUGUCACGGAGGGAGAUUAUAAUUUCUCUCUGGAGGCAGUGAAAGAACUGGGGACUCUGAUUUCUGAAGAUGAUGCAUCAGCAGUACACGAGCUCCAGCGGCUAGAGGCCAAAGUGGCAGCAGUGUGUUUCCAUCCAGCUCUGCCCCAGGUCUUCAAACCCCUGUGUCAGAGGAGAGAUGCUGGGACGGCCCUGGCUCGGCUUGCAUUUGUGGCUGUGCGUUCUGAUGCCUGUGAGAUCUGUGAAUCUGUCGCCUGCACCGGCUGCUGAAAUGGAAAGCUGCACUGUGCCCUCAUCUUCUUUCUCAUAUUACUGUUCUUACAGAAAAUUACAUUUAAACAUUAUAUUAAAAUAUUGUAUUAAAAUUUAAAGAUAAUUUGCCUUCCUAUCUUGUAA